AUGUCACGGUACCUAACCCGCGUCCGGCCGCUCCGUCUAAUUGUACCUCAUCUGACCCAAAGGAAACUUCCCAGACUCGCAGUGCAACCCGUCGAAGCCCCCGUCGUGGCCCCCGCGAACCCCCUCGUCGCGCAGGAGAGGAGCUUCCACUCGACCCCCAAGUCCCUCGGCCUCGGCGCCACGACACCCCAGGUCGCCCGCGGCCUCCCCGAGUUCAGCCUUCAGGGCAAGGUCAUUGUCGUCUCCGGCGGCGCGCGCGGACUCGGCCUCACGCAGGCUGAGGCUCUCCUCGAAGCUGGCGCAAUAGUCCACGCAAUCGAUCGCCUCCCGACCCCCGACCCCGAUUUUGAAAAGGUCGCCCUCCGCGCCAACGCCGAGCUCGGCACAAGCCUCUCCUACCACCAGGUCGACGUCCGCGACGUCGCCCAGCUCAACGACAUCGUCGAGGGCAUCGCCAACCAGCACGGCCGCAUGGACGGCCUCAUCGCCGCCGCGGGCAUCCAGCAGGAGACCCCCGCGCUCGAGUACAAGGCCGAGGACGUCGACCGCAUGAUGGGCGUCAACGUCACGGGCUCCUUCAUGACCGCCCAGGCCGUCGCGCGCCAGAUGGUUCGCCUGGGCACCGGCGGCAGCAUCGUCUUGAUUGCUAGCAUGAGCGGUACCGUUGCCAACAGGGGGUUGAUCUGCCCCGCAUACAAUGCCUCCAAGGCCGCCGUUCUCCAGCUCAGUCGUAACCUGGCUGCCGAAUGGGGCGCCCACGGCAUCCGCGUCAACACCAUCUCGCCCGGCUACAUCGUCACCGCCAUGGUCGAGGCGCUCUUCGAGACCUACCCGGAGCGCAAGAUCGAGUGGCCCAAGCACAACAUGCUCAACAGGCUCAGCCAGCCCGGCGAGUACCGCGGCGCCGCCGUGUUCCUGCUCAGCGACGCCAGCAGCUUCAUGACGGGCAGUGACCUGCGCAUCGAUGGCGGGCACUGCGCCUGGUAA